CUCUUCUCACUCUCGCAAUUCGCGCGUGCUGUUCGACGCUGCGCGCACGGUCAGUGAGGACCUUCCGACCGCCUACGCCCAAAGUCCUUCGUCUGCGACUCGUGAACGUCAUCGCCAGGCGCCCGCGCAGCUCUUCGGGCAAACGACGCCGAUCGUCUCCGCUGCUGUUACGUCCUGCGGUUGAAUCAGAGGACUCAUCGCUAUGAAGGUUGACUGCUCCAGCCUCCUAGUGCUGGCGCCGCUGUUUUUAUGCGCCGCCGUCCAGUCGCUGCCGACGGGCCACAAGACCGGUGAGUGUGUUCCUGACGAAGUUGAACAGUUAGAUCAGCUUAGAAAAGCAACAGGUGGCAAGGCGACGAAGCUAGUCGAAGCGGAGUCGUCUCGCAUUGUUAACGUGAACGGCCAGGUGCAAGCUUCGAGUAACAAGGAGAAAGCGGUGAAGGACGCCCGAACAGGAGAGACGCUCGCUAGCGUCAAGGAGAGCUCCCAGUUGGAACAGCGCGGCCCUGGCGAGCAGCCGCACAGCGUGUCACGCACGACACUCGACGUGCCUGCCCUGGGCAUCCACGAAACCAAGGUCGAGGACUCCAGCACCGCCAACAACAACCUGCAGCGGCAGCAGCAGCAGCAGCGACAACUUAUGCCGGGCCCCGGCCCCGCCGAAAAAAAGAAUUAUGCCCCUUACUCCUGGAACGCAGAGGAACCCGACCGUACCGACUACACACCUACUGACCUGGCUGAAUACAUCCUCAGGACAGGAGAUGAAGAAGGAGUCGCUAUGGCAGUGGAAGAGCUACUCAGACAAGGAAUGAUGACGCGUGAGGAGGCCAUCGUGUACCUGCAGGACGUGAAGGCCGAGAUAAACUACAUCCGCGCUCAACAGGAGAAGCUGCGCAAGAUCCAGGAGCUUCGCGAGGCAAUCAACAUGAAGAAGAAGGACGAAUUCAAGGCGCAGCGUCGUCUGGGAGAAGCUCUUGGCACACGCGAAAUGGACCAUCCACCCAAGAUUCCAGUGGCCGCCAAAUCAUCUCAGAAGGCUGGCCAAGCUCCUAACCCCAAGGUGGCGGCAGCAGAAAAGCCGAAGUCUCCCGCCGCCAAGCCAGCCACCACUAAAGAAGUGACGUCACAGGGAUCGUCAAAGGCUGGCGGAAGCAGCAAGGCGGCCGGUUCUUCGAGCGCCUCAGCUGCUGCAAAGACAAACUCCGCUGGAGAAGACAAGAACAAGGCGUUGGCGUCCCAGCACCAGGCCUCGGCGUCGCCAAGCGGCACAGAAGCCCAGAAGCGCGUCGGCGAGAGGCUGAUGAUGCCUGGUGGACUGGCGCCCGGCAAGCUGAGCGUGCUGGAACUCGAGCGGCUGGGAGAAGAGCAGCGCGUCCGGUCGGCUCAGCAGCAGGCCGAAGACGACGUCAUGGGCGCGCUGAAGAAGUUGCGGGGCUCGUCGCUCUAUGACGAGUACUCGCUCGAGGAAAUCAUCUACUGGCUCGCAAAGGACAUGUUUGCCCAUAGCAUCGUCAAGGGGGAUCAGAGUGCCGAGGAAGCCUUAGCGAGGUUUGCCAACUUUGUGGAAACCGAGGUGUCCCAAAACAAGCUGUCUGGUGAAGUUGAGAAGAAGGUCCUCGACAUUAUGCUCGCCGCCCUGGUGGACAUGCUUCGCGAGUUCCCAAGCGCUCAGUACAGCGGUCCAGUGUCGAACCAGCUUCCCCAGCGGCUCUUUCCAGAGGCGACAGAACAUCAGGCGGCCAAGCUAGCCAACGCCAGGGUUAGGAACGCCGCCAUACGACUCCGAGAGGAAAAGAAAAAGACCAUUCCCACGGUGAUCAAGCACAAGGAAGUUCCCACAGCCUCUCAGAAGUCCUAAGAGUGAUGCUGUGAAGGAUGCCAGCCCUGUCGCAUGUGUACCAAGACUUCGUCGAUGACCGUGACAACACUUCACCGAAUCUUCCGAAUCGUCCCAGACCCGAUCUCUCACCUGUAGCCAGCCAACGUUCUAGAACCCUCGAACCCUAGCGCCAAUGCCAAAAACCCUUUCCCUCGUUUGCCUGUAUACAAGCUACCCUCUACCAGAACGUAUUGAGAUAUCAGGAUAGCUCCAUUGCCACCUGGCACCAGCUCCCCUAACUACGCUAAUCCUAAAUAUGUUCUUUUUUCUAUAAAAUGAGAAAUUAAAAAAAAAAGAGGACUUGCGAAGAGCGGUCAACUUAAAAGGAGCUACCUGUCAAUUCUGUAUAGAUAUACAAGUCGUGUUCGUGAACACCUUCGUAUCAUUCAACGGUGUGUGUGAUAUAUCUAUAAAUAUCUACUGUGGUUGUGUUAUGCACUGUUGGUAGCGAUAUGCACUGUAAAAGAAUUCCACUACAGAAUCUAUCUCUCGCCCUUUUCUCGGGACGAGAAACCAAAUUAAUACCUUUCUUCUUUCAUCUCCGUUUCUUUGCUUACGAAAGCAGGUACAGUGUAGUAUCGUUGUUCGCUACGAAUAUACCAAGUCAAAGGUAGAUCCUCUCGUAGGUGGAAAGACAGUUUGAAAUAUCUUUCGCCGCUUAUCUGAUCGACGACUUGUCGAAGCUUCGGCAAGUCGUCGAUUACAUAGCCUCAUGACACAAAUUAAUAGAGUCAGCAUCGGAUUUAUCAAGGACUCGAUGUUUAGGCCUAGUAACUAGAUUUUAGGAAAAAUCUAUAGUAAAUCAGCAUCAUGAAACGGAAAAGAAAAGAUAAGCAGCCGGCUGACACAUAUAAAAAGGAAGAAAAGAAAUACCUGAGAGCUGAAGGGAAUUGAUUCAAUAUCUAAAUUAGGAGGGGAGAGGGGGUAGGGGGAGGGCAUUAAUAUAGGUUUCACACAUCUAUUGCUAUCUUUCUACUUCAGACAUAAAAAAAAAAAAAAUCUCACGGCUACAAAUAUAUGGGCUAUGUGCAACUCCCACAGGUAAAUAUUUAUUCCAUAGUUAAAAAAUCUGAAAACUGCCAAAACUCAGACAAUCUGUUCUUCAUUCGGCGUAUAUUGUGCUUCUGUUUCAACGUUGCAAAGUAGGAACAAGAAAGUACGGUGAUCUAGAUUUAUAGGGUUACCGAAUUCUUUUACAAUGCACAGUCAAGUCUAAGGCUAAAAUGUUACUCGAGAAAUCUAUAGUAAUGAAAGAAAAAAAAACAUAAUCAAGACACGUUCUUCACAGUUGAUAUGCUUAUGAAAAAAAAAAGAAACAAUUCCUUCCCUUUGUUGUUGGUUGAAUGCUAUUUUUAGAACCUUUUUGCGAUUGUUGACCUUGAUGGAAGGAUGCCAACGUUGUUUUGCUGACCGCCCGGAAACGUGGUCGACGGUAAUGCAGGAACGAACUGAAGUGUAUUUAUGACUUUGUUUUACGCGUGACGUCACCAGGCCUCGACGGGCGCCCAUUUUGAGCCGAGCUCUUAGUACGUUGUUACGAUUACAUCGAGUAUUGCCAAAUUGCAUCAGUUUGGUGCCAUAUUGGCAUUUAGUGCCAUUCGAAGUGGCCGUAGCAGCUCUGUGAGCUAAUUACGCUUGGCACGAUGGCAAACUUAUCGCCACAUUUUAGUGUUUGAAUGGCAACCAUGGUCGAAAUGUGUUCCAUACAGAAACAAAGGCGCGCUACAUUUAUGGAAAUCCAGGCCGACGUUCUUGAUGACGUGACUUAGAGAAUAGGCAUGCGCAGGGGGGGGGGGGGCAUGG